AUGGUUGAAGAAAAAAUGUCUGAAAGUCCAGAUUCAAUAGCCGAACAAAAGAAAACAUCAUUGAUCGCAUCAUUGCUUAGUUCAUUACAAACAGAUGAGAAAGCCGAAGCAAAAAAAAAGGAAGAAGAUAAAAAAGGUUUAUCACGAAAAGAAAUUUUUGAUGAGCUACUCUUGUUUAUGAUUGCUGGUUAUGAAACGACAUCAACUGCUCUUUCGUGGUCUAUUUAUCAGCUAAGUAAAAAUCCAAGAGUUCAACAAAAAAUCAAAACAGAGUUGAUGCAAAAUAACUGUGAUCAAUAUAUAUCAUUGGAUCGUCUUGAUUCACUCAUUUAUUUGGAUUGUUUUAUCAAUGAAGUACUUCGUCAUUCUCCAACAACUGAUGGAACAGGACGUACAGUGAUGAGCAACGACUGUUUACCCAAUAGUGGUACUCAACUCUACAAAGGUGACCACUUGAUUAUUCCGACAUCUGCUCUUGCUCGAGAUCCUCGUCAUUGGAAAAUCGAUCCUAACUUAUUCUAUCCAGAAAGAUUUCUUAAUGAAGAUAAAAAUUAUCAUCCAUAUGUUUUUCUACCAUUUGGAGGAGGUCAUCGUCAAUGUCUUGGACAAGAAUUGGCUCGCUUCGAACUCAAAGUAAUUCUAGCUCGUAUGCUGCAACAAGUAACAUUUGGUGAUGGUGGUCCUGAAGUCAAUGCCGGUGGAUCUAUUCAAGCAUUGACUAUCAUGCCAAAACAUGUUGGUGUCACUAUUGAAUUCAAUUGA